AUGCACUAUUACCGUCAAUGCGGAUUUCAAUCGAUUUACCUGACUAUAAGGAAUUCUAUUAGGGAUGACAUCCAAUCUAACGGCCCGCCCUCCGCCAGCUCGAACUCGUCCGUGCGGUACGGCGACUGCGGGCUGCCGCAGGGGGAUGACAUCCAAUCUAACGGCCCGCCCUCCGCCAGCUCGAACUCGUCCGUGCGGUACGGCGACUGCGGGCUGCCGCAGGGGUUAGCCUAUCGCCGCCGCUCUACACUACUAUGCGGAGGCCGCAUUACCGUCAAUGCGGCAUUUCAAUCGAUUUACUUAUUGCUGACUAUAAGGAAUUCUAUUAGGGAUGACAUCCAAUCUAACGGCCCGCCCUCCGCCAGCUCGAACUCGUCCGUGCGGUACGGCGACUGCGGGCUGCCGCAGGGGUUAGCCUAUCGCCGCCGCUCUACACUACUAUGCGGAGGCCGCAUUACCGUCAAUGCGGCAUUUCAAUCGAUUUACUUAUUGCUGACUAUAAGGAAUUCUAUUAGGGAUGACAUCCAAUCUAACGGCCCGCCCUCCGCCAGCUCGAACUCGUCCGUGCGGUACGGCGACUGCGGGCUGCCGCAGGGGUUAGCCUAUCGCCGCCGCUCUACACUACUAUGCGGAGGCCGCAUUACCGUCAAUGCGGCAUUUCAAUCGAUUUACUUAUUGCUGACUAUAAGGAAUUCUAUUAGGGAUGACAUCCAAUCUAACGGCCCGCCCUCCGCCAGCUCGAACUCGUCCGUGCGGUACGGCGACUGCGGGCUGCCGCAGGGGUUAGCCUAUCGCCGCCGCUCUACACUACUAUGCGGAGGCCGCAUUACCGGCAAUGCGGCAUUUCAAUCGAUUUACUUAUUGCUGACUAUAAGGAAUUCUAUUAGGGAUGACAUCCAAUCUAACGGCCCGCCCUCCGCCAGCUCGAACUCGUCCGUGCGGUACGGCGACUGCGGGCUGCCGCAGGGGUUAGCCUAUCGCCGCCGCUCUACACUACUAUGCGGAGGCCGCAUUACCGUCAAUGCGGCAUUUCAAUCGAUUUACUUAUUGCUGACUAUAAGGAAUUCUAUUAGGGAUGACAUCCAAUCUAACGGCCCGCCCUCCGCCAGCUCGAACUCGUCCGUGCGGUACGGCGACUGCGGGCUGCCGCAGGGGUUAGCCUAUCGCCGCCGCCGCUCUACACUACUAUGCGGAGGCCGCAUUACCGUCAAUGCGGCAUUUCAAUCGAUUUACUUAUUGCUGACUAUAAGGAAUUCUAUUAGGGAUGACAUCCAAUCUAACGGCCCGCCCUCCGCCAGCUCGAACUCGUCCGUGCGGUACGGCGACUGCGGGCUGCCGCAGGGGUUAGCCUAUCGCCGCCGCUCUACACUACUAUGCGGAGGCCGCAUUACCGUCAAUGCGGCAUUUCAAUCGAUUUACUUAUUGCUGACUAUAAGGAAUUCUAUUAGGGAUGACAUCCAAUCUAACGGCCCGCCCUCCGCCAGCUCGAACUCGUCCGUGCGGUACGGCGACUGCGGGCUGCCGCAGGGGUUAGCCUAUCGCCGCCGCUCUACACUACUAUGCGGAGGCCGCAUUACCGUCAAUGCGGCAUUUCAAUCGAUUUACUUAUUGCUGACUAUAAGGAAUUCUAUUAGGGAUGACAUCCAAUCUAACGGCCCGCCCUCCGCCAGCUCGAACUCGUCCGUGCGGUACGGCGACUGCGGGCUGCCGCAGGGGUUAGCCUAUCGCCGCCGCUCUACACUACUAUGCGGAGGCCGCAUUACCGUCAAUGCGGCAUUUCAAUCGAUUUACUUAUUGCUGACUAUAAGGAAUUCUAUUAGGGAUGACAUCCAAUCUAACGGCCCGCCCUCCGCCAGCUCGAACUCGUCCGUGCGGUACGGCGACUGCGGGCUGCCGCAGGGGUUAGCCUAUCGCCGCCGCUCUACAAAACUAUGCGGAGGCCGCAUUACCGUCAAUGCGGCCAUUUCUAUCGAUAUACUUAUUGCUGACUAUAAGGAAUUCCAU